AUGAUUUUGACAAACAUAACCAGAGUGAGUGGCUUCCUCCUCCUGGGGUUCUCUGACAACCAAGACCUGCAAAUCCUACAUGCUUUGCUCUUCUUGCUAGUGUACCUGUUGGCCUUGGCAGGUAACUUCAUUAUAAUCACCAUCACAACGCUGGACCCACAGCUCCAAUCUCCAAUGUAUUUUUUCCUGAAGCACCUUUCCCUUCUUGACCUCUCCUCCCUGUCUGUCACUGUCCCCCAGUCUAUCCACAGUUCCCUGACUGGCAGUGGGUACAUUUCCUACGCCCAGUGUGUGCUGCAGGUUUUCUUCUUCAUAUGCUUCGCUUGGGGUGAGGUGGCCAUCCUCACACUGAUGUCCUAUGACUGCUAUGUGGCCAUCUGCCUCCCAUUGCACUAUGGGGUCAUCAUAGCUCCCAGAAAGUGCAGGUGGGCUGUGAUAGCUGUGUGGCUAAGUAGAGGCAUCCUGGGAACCUUGUACAUAGCAACCACAUUCUCUAUCAGAUUCUGCAGGGCAAAAAUAAUCCACCAGUUCUUCUGUGAUGUCCCUCAGUUGCUCAAGCUCUCAUGCUCCAAUGAUUAUCUUGGAGUGGUUGGAGUGGUUGUUUUUAUUUCUUUGGUUGUAUUUGUCUGCUUCUUUGCCAUCACCCUCUCCUAUGUAAAGAUAUUCUCCACAGUCUUCAGAAUGCCCUCUGCUAAAGGCUGGUCUAAGGUCUUCUCCACCUGUCUGCCUCACCUCUGUGUGGUCUCAUUUUUUCUGUUCACAGCCGACAUUGCAUAUCUAAAGCCAACCUCAGGCUCAUCAACUGCUCUAGAUCUCAUGCUCUCCAUGUUUUACACAGUAGUUUCCCCAAUACUCAACCCUGUUAUCUACAGUCUAAGGAAUGAGACCAUUAAGCGGGCACUAAGGAAGUUACUUUUAGGUGGAGAAUUCAUUGGAAAAUGA